AUGUUAACCAAGCCAAUAUAUACACAUUAUUCACCUAAUAGUAAUUAUCAAAAUAGUGGUGUGGAACACAUUGUAGCAACAGGAAUUGAAAUUGAAGAAGAUUCUGAUUUAUCCGAUAUUCAAGAUAGUUCCCCAGAUACUUCGUCAUUAAUUGAUAUCUCAAUGGAAAAACAAAAUAGCAUUAAUCAUAAUAACGAUAAUAACAAUAGGAAGAAUUCGAGUUUCAGAUUCAAGAAACUGAGUAAUGCUAUACCGUUAUUACCUAAAAAACCAUAUGGAGGCAAUUAUCAUUCCUCGAUAAUUGGGACCACUCAAAGGAGGAUAAUAAAUGCAGAAUCGUAUCAUACUUUUUUAGAAUUCUUAAAAACUGAUGAACAACCAUUGGACAAUUCUAUGGUGUUAUGGGAAUUGUUAUCUAAUGAUUCAAAAGAUAUAUUUAUGAAUCAAAUUGUAAGAAGGCAUGAACAAAUCACAGACCAUGAGAAUAGAUUAAAGCUAAGGCAGAUAAGGAAACCGCAAAUUAACAAGAAUGAAGAUCAAACGAGUCUAUCUACAACCUAUAAUGAAAAUGACAUCAAACUAGAUAUAAUAAACAGUGAUGAUUUAAAUUUAAAUUUAACACAUAAUGAACGUUUGCAAUUGCAAAAAGGAAUAUUGCAUAAUGAUAUUAACGAUAAUGAAGUUUCUUCAAAAGAACAGCUUAAGACAACUCAGCUGAAAAGUAAAAUAUCACAUUUGUUGAACGAAGUAAAUAUAUUAUUGGAUGAAUUGAAUGAAUUGGAGAAACCAAAAUCAAACAAUAGGAUGUCAACGACAGAUGUUGGAAUAGUAAAACCGAAUUUCAACACAAUGUCAAGAAAUAGCGACGAAAAUCAAAGAACAUCAAUAAUUAACCCAAUUGAUUUCCAAACUAGUUUAAUCAAGGAGAUUGACUCGAGUUCGAAUAUAGAUAUAAAUUCGAAUUUACUUCCAAAUGCAAACUCAAAUUCAAAUUCAAAUUCAAAUAAAAUUGGCAACGAAUCAAAAAAGAUAAUUCAAAGAUUGAAAAGAAAAUCUACAAUGGGAUUUAUGGAUCAUCUCUACAAGAAAUCAAACCCAAUGGUAAAAGAUGUACUAUCACCAGAAAAUUCAUAUAAUCAAUAUAUACUUAAAUAA